CAUUCUCACAUGUCACACAAAAAUCUUCCAACUUCACUGAGCGAUUUUCUGCUUCCUUGUUUCUCAGAAACUGUUACUUCUUUGCUAAACUGCUUCAGUUACAGCCAUAGCGUGCAAUCUUCAUUAGUACCCUCACUUUAAUGUAACUGCUGCAAUCUUCUUUCUGUGAAAAGAAAAAAGUAAUUUUAUGAUGUGAUAAGCGUUCGAUUUCUCUUUCAUUUAAUGUCCAAUUUGUCACAAGUCUUUUAAACAAUUAUUUCCCAUCAUGGUUUCAGUCAUGGAAUCUCGUUAAUCUUGCCAGACAAACCCAUCUGGCUCUAGCUUUUCAUUUUCGACAACUCUGUUUGUCUUCUGUCAUGUCCAUUCUCUCAGCCGUUUCUGAGCUGUAACCAGUGCAGCUUGCAAUGAUGGGGUUCCGUUAAUUUCUUUGGAUUGUUCUCCAAGGCUGUACACCUUUUCAGAACUCAAUUUCAGUUUGAAUGUGACUGACGUGAACUUCUGUUUAACGUUCACGUUUGCUUUCGCAGAAUGACGAUUACGUGGAAGGCUCGUGUGGUAAGAUAGUGAAAGAGAUUUUGGUUCUUUAACUCAUCGUGGUUGAACUUUCUCUUCAUAUUCAGCUUAUGGAGAAUGUUCACUUUUCUGUUACUUUCCAAUUCAACUUGGAUAUGCUACCCGAUUGUUUUUUAUUCAUUUACUAAUUUAACUCAUUCUUUGCUCACUCAUAGCAAUAUACCAAAAACAUUUUCAUUGUCAUUGCAAAUGAGAAUUCGUCAUCUGAAUUCGUUUAUUCGUUUUCCGGCCUGGUGUGCUGCUACAAGCUACAGAUGAACAUCCAUUAUUUUCUUGCUUUCCUAUUUAGGAAGAUUUAGAUAUGUAGGUUUUGCAUCUCCCUGCUCAAAGUUUGGUUAUAGACAUUUCUUCUAAGCAACUUUAAUCACCAUUUGCCUCUAGAGUCCCUUGAAGUGACUCACUAUCUUCCACUCAAAUCUUCUGCUUCGUUUCCUGCAAAUUAAAACUCAUCUCUUCACAUUCCAAUACCUUCAUGGAAGAAACAUUUGUUCCGUUACGUGGGAUAAAGAAUGACCUCAAAGGAAGACUUGUGUGCUACAAACAAGAUUGGACUAGUGGAUUCCAAACAGGCAUCAGGAUCCUUGCCCCAACUACAUAUAUAUUUUUCGCUUCAGCAAUUCCAGUGAUCUCUUUCGGGGAGCAACUGGAAAGAAACACAGGUACAACUAAAACUUUUCUGGUUCAGUGUCCUUUCUGGAAUUUUGGUGACCCUUUUCCUAAAAAAGUGCUUCAUUGGUUAUAUUCUAUAGAUGGAACUCUAACUGCAGUGCAGACCCUUGCAUCAACAGCACUCUGUGGCAUUAUCCAUUCAAUCUUAGGAGGGCAGCCCCUCCUCAUACUUGGUGUAGCGGAGCCAACAGUUCUUAUGUAUACAUUUUUGUAUGACUUUGCAAAGGAUAGAAAAGAUUUGGGACACAAACUAUUCCUUCCUUGGACUGGAUGGGUGUGUGUUUGGACUGCUGCGUUGCUCUUCUUGCUGGCCAUUGUUGGUGCAUGCUCCAUAAUCAACAGAUUCACGCGCCUUGCAGGUGAACUAUUUGGUCUGCUGAUUGCAAUGCUCUUCAUGCAGCAGGCGAUAAGGGGACUCGUGGAAGAGUUCGGUGUGCCCCAGUCCCAGGGAGAAGGUACCAAUCAGAUUGCACUCCAAUCUUCUUGGCUGUUUGGAAAUGGAAUGUUUGCUUUGGUUUUGUCAUUUGGCCUUCUGUUUACUGCACUAAAAAGCCGUAAGGCUAGAUCCUGGCGAUACGGAGCAGGUUGGUUGCGGGGAUUUGUGGCUGAUUAUGGAGUCCCACUAAUGAUUCUGGUGUGGACUGCUGUGUCUUAUAUGCCAACCAAUAAGGUUCCAAGGGGAAUCCCUAGGCGACUUUUCAGUCCAAAUCCAUGGUCUCCCGGUGCAUACACAAAUUGGACAGUAAUUAAGGAAAUGUUGAAUGUGCCUCUCAUCUAUAUUAUUGGAGCAUUUAUACCCGCGACUAUGAUUGCCGUGCUUUAUUACUUUGAUCACAGUGUUGCUUCACAACUUGCCCAGCAAAAGGAGUUCAAUCUAAGAAAACCCUCAUCAUAUCAUUAUGACCUUCUCCUCUUGGGUUUCUUGACCAUUUUGUGUGGGCUUAUUGGAAUCCCUCCGGCCAACGGUGUGAUUCCUCAAUCUCCUAUGCAUACUAAAAGCUUAGCUACUCUAAAACAUCAGCUGUUGCGUAAAAAAAUUGUAUCUGCCGCACGGAAAAGCAUACAGAAAAAUAUGAACCUGAAUCAGCUAUACCAAAGUAUGCAAGAAGCAUAUGAUCAAAUGCAGACUCCGUUAGCCCACCAAAUACCACCUGCCUUGCAGGGGCUAAAGGAGAUGAAGGAAUCCACCAUCCAACUGGCUCAAAGUCAUGGAUACACUGACACCCCUGUUGAUGAGGUUGUAUUCGAUGUGGAUAAGGAUGUUGAUGACCUUUUACCUGUUGAAGUAAAAGAACAGCGCCUCAGCAAUCUACUGCAGGCAUUAAUGGUUGCACUUUGUGUUGCUGCUAUGCCUCUUUUGAAGAAAAUACCAACUUCAGUGCUUUGGGGUUACUUUGCUUUCAUGGCAAUUGAAAGCUUGCCCGGAAAUCAGUUUUGGGAGAGAAUAUUAUAUCUUUUCACUGCUCCAAGUCGACGAUACAAAGUGCUGGAGGAACACCAUGCGGCCUUUAUUGAGACCGUGCCUUUCAAAGCGGUGGCCAUGUUUACAUUAUUCCAGACAGCUUACUUGCUUCUCUGCUUUGGUCUAACAUGGAUACCAAUUGCCGGGGUCCUUUUCCCAAUGUUAAUCAUGCUUCUUAUCCCAGUACGUCAAUAUUUCCUUCCCAAGUUUUUUAAAGGAGCCCAUCUUCAAGAAUUGGAUGCUGCAGCAUAUGAGGAAGCAUCUGUUGUCAGUUUCAACUUGUCAUUCGAAGAUUCAGAUAGUCAGACAGCAACAGUCAAUAUUAAUAGUGAGGAAAUUCUUGAUGAAAUUAUCACAAGGAGUCGUGGGGAGAUCGUAAAUCAGAAAUCGAAGAAUUCAACUCCAACAUCAUGUGGACAUACUAUUCCUGCUUAUGCAAAUAGCUCAUAGGAUUCAUUGCCCUCGAGUAAAUCAAUUGAGAGGGGAAAGCCGCCAAGGAUCAAUCAAGAUCAUGAAGGAGAUCAUUUCAAGAGAAGUACUAAUUCACAGCCACUGUUUCUUGGACAAGAUUUCAGAGGUUCCACCUUCAAAGCUAGUAGGGUUUCCUUAAGUCCGUUGAAAAUAGUUUUAAGUAGUGCACUAUAGGUCAUGAGCUUGAUUGAUGUAAUACAAGUUAUCUUAUAGAUGUUUAUCUUUGACUCUUCUUCCUUUCAAUCUUUAACCAUAUUGACUUCAUUAUACCUUUAUACAGAAUGAUCAGGGGCAUUUCGAGUUGAUGGAUA